UGUGUGCGCCCAGACUGACGGGUCGUGGGGGUUUGCCCGGAUAUUAGCCAUGGGGACCCCUGAAAUGGAUGAGCUAAGGCGGUCGUAUGUACGGAUGUGCCACGAGAGAGGCGUGGAGCCCCAGGAGGGCGUCCUCGGGCAUCUGCAGGGCGCGAAAGAGACCGCGGGGAGAGGGAAGCUGGACCUGUCGUCUCAGAGCGUUUCCACGGAGUCGUGCAAGGUGCUCGGGGUCCUGCUGCAGAAUGAUGUCACGUUCACAGACGUGAUUCUCAGCGACUGCAUGCUUAGCGAGGAUGGAGUUAAAGCACUUCUCCAGGGUCUCCGCACAAAUUCACUAAUAAAGCACUUAGACUUGAAGGGUAACAACCUACGAGCCCAGGGAGCAGAGGCUUUAGGGAAACUACUAACAGCCAACACAUCACUGACCAGCUUGACUCUGCAGUGGAAUAAUCUGGGAAUGUUGGAAGAUGCCUUCUCUCUCUUUUGUGACGGGCUCGCUGUCAAUCAGACUUUGCAGAAACUUGAUCUCCGCAACAAUCAGAUCAGCCCCAAGGGGGCAGAAGAGCUGUCCAUGGCGCUGAAGCGCAACCACACCUUACAAGAACUUGACCUGCGUUGGAAUAACAUCGGCCUGCUGGGAGGGAGAGCCAUUCUGAGCUGUCUUUCGACCAACAGAAGUCUCUUGAAGAUGGAUUUGUCUGGGAACAACAUCCCGAGUGACAUCCUGAAGCCCAUUGAGCAGACGGUUGGACACAACCAGGAAAGACUGGUGGUUAAGAAAGACAACUUGACCCAGAGGCAGAUCCUCACCAAAGAAGUCCAAAGUCUGAAGCAAGAGAAGAAUAAGCAGAUCCUGAAUCUGAUGGAAACCAUAGAACAGCAGAGAGAGGAGAUGACCCGCAGUAGUAGGACUACCAAUUUGCAAAUGGGGAAGCUUCACGAAGCACUCGAGGACCGCAAAUCUGUUGUGAACUCCUUAACAGCCAAGUUGCAGCUGGCUGAAUCUAAUUUGGCCUUAUCACAGCAGAAGGUGCAGGAUCUGGGGGAACUCCUGAGCCAAGCGAAACGGGCGAGCGCCAGCCUGAGGGAGCAACAGGCCAAGGAACUGAGGAAGGAGAAGGAGGAAUCUGUGGCGCGCGAAGCAAAACUUAGGCAGGAAUUAACGUCUGCGGCCGAGAAAAAUCUUUAUUAUCGCAGCAAGGUGGACGAGCUGGAGCGGCGGUGCAAGGCACAGCAGGAGCACGUGUUGGAGCUGAAGCAGGAGCUGACCGACACAUCGGCGGAGCUGAAGCUACGGGCAAUGCAGGCCGAAGAACGUCUGGAAGCCGAGAAGAAGAGGUCCCGGCAGUUACGAGAUGAUGCCGCUGUGUUGCAUCAGAAGGAGGUGGAUCAGAUGAAGCAGUACGUUGACGACGUUGAGACAGCAGCGCAGGAGCGGAUGCAGCGUCUGGAGGCUACAAAGUUGGGACUGGAAGAGGAGCUCAACAAAGCGAAGAUGACGCUAGCCAACGAACGUAUUCACGCAGAAGAGGAGAUCCAGAAAGCACGGAGCUCGGUGCAACUGGAGGAGCAGCAGAACUCCGCCGUCCUGCAGGACAAGCUGCGGACGCUCACUCUGUCCCGAGACCAGGCGCACAACCAGGUCCUGCAGGAGAAACAACUGGCGGGCGAGCUGCGGGCUCAGAACAACCAGCUAAGCCUCGAGAUCGAGGGACUGAAGAGGAGGAUCGGUGGAUUCAUCGAGGAGUUGGCCAAGAAAGACCAAGAGAAAAUGGCCGAAGUCACGAUGGUCCGCAUUGAGCUCCAGCAGCAGGUCGGACACCUCCAGGCUGAGCUGGCGGCGCAGGAUGGGCUAAAAGAGAAAAUCUGUGCCCUGGAGAGACAGCAGAAAGCCCAGUCUGUGUCUCACCGCGAGAUGAUGCUGGACAAGGAGGCGGAAAUGUCUUCAUUGAUGGAGAAGUUGAGGCUGAAGGAUGCCGAGAUCUUGAGGAUGCGCGAAGAGGAGACGCAGAGAGCCACCCUACUGCAGAAUGCCAUCUUGUCCUACAUCCACAGCUCACCGCUGAGCACCACUGCAGCAAAAAAAUAAAUCCCAGGUUACGGUGCAUGACGAGCGCCAACCGUUGGCCAAGACCCAACCGGUUCAGCGUUAGCCAAAUUCCGGUGCCUUAUUUGUUGUAAAAGCCAGAAGGACUCGCUUUGCGGUGGUUGCCGGCUGGUCUUUCUUUGGGUCUCCCUCCAGUAAUGUGUGAGUGGUCUCCGAGCGCAGGAAAGUAAUUUAUUUUCAUAUUUUUAUAAUCAGACUGUAUUUUUUAAAUAAAGAUUUUAUUCCCUUUUUACGCACA